GCUCCUGUCUAUUCAAGAUUCGAUGAACUGAAGAAGAUAUCAACACGUACAGCUCCUUGCUACUUGGGUGUACAAUACAGUGCACAUGGCUCCCUCCUGGACACAAUCCGCACAAUGGAUCUGGACCCCGAAUUACCACGAAGAAGACAACCGGCCAGGGAGAUACUUUCUCUUCCGCAAACUCUUUGAGUGGUCUCGUUCUUCUUUCAAGGCAGAGAGAUUCUCCAUUCAUGUGUCGGCGGAUAGUCGGUACCGACUCUUCGUUAAUGGGCACCGAGUCAGCUUUGGGCCUUGCAAGAGCUAUCCCGAGAAAUGGUAUUACGAAACCGUCGAUAUCCUCCCUUAUCUGGUCGAGGGGGAAAAUGUGAUCAGUGCUCGAGUGUUGCGGUACUCUUGUACGCAUGCCGGGUCGGCGUCUAUCGUCAGUACGGAGUUGCCUGGUUUGAUGGUAUACGGCGAGAGCGAGGGGAUAAAUGUCUCAACGGAUGAAACGUGGAAGUGUGUGGAAGAAACGUCAAGACAGAUCGUGCCGUAUUCCGAAUGGAAUUAUAUUCUUGGUCCACCCUUUACGGCAAACAAUGAACGGGUGAUAGAAGCUGCUCCCUCCAUGACAGACUGGACUUUGCCCGGAUUCAGCGACUCAGCGUGGUCCAACGCGGUGCUGCAGUUGACAGCGACGAAGAUGCUCCCUAUUCAGAGCCCGUGGAAGCUUUCCCCUCGUCCUUUCCCCGCUCUGCCGGAAGAGCCUGGACGGUUUGACGGGGUAGUGAAAUGCCGGGGGUCUAUCACCCUGGACCAGUGGAAUGCUCUUUUGAAAGAAGACGAAAAAGUAGUCGUUCCGGCGGGAACAACAGUGGUUGUCGAUAUUCAGAGCGAAUCAUUGACUACUGCGUUUGUCACUUUGCGUUUGGGGAGAGGAAAGGGAUCUAAGAUCUCCUUGCUAUAUUCCGAGUGCUAUGAGAAGGAUCUUGGGGUGGAAACUGCGCCAUUCCCCAUGCCCCGGACGAAAUCGAAUCGAGCUGAUUCCAGCGGUCGACUCUAUGGCAUGAAGGACUUCUAUCUGGUUGUCGACGGCCAGGAAGAGCAGGUUUUCGAGCCCUUCUGGUUUCGAGCGUUCAGAUACAUCCAAUUGGAGAUUAUUUGUUCCGAUGAGCCUCUGACGGUAAAAGAGUUCACCUUGCGGCAGACGCACUAUCCGCUCGAGAUAUCGACGCAGAUCAGAACUGGAACAGAGUUGGACAAAAUCUGGGACAUUAGUUUGAAGACACUUCAGAAUUGCCGCCAUGAGACCUACGAAGACUGUCCGUUUUAUGAGCAGAACCAGUUCGCCUCAGAUUCGCGUUUGCAAAUGCUAUUCACGUACCAGAUCUCCUCCGAUGACCGCCUGGCGAGGAAGACUCUUGAAGAGUUUCAUGCCAGCCGUGGUCCAGAUGGCCUAAUCAAAGCACAGUUUCCUGCAGGGUUCCGUUCAACGCAAAUCCCUCAAUUUUCUCUAUUCUACGUCUCGAUGGUGUAUGACCAUAUGUCUUACUUCGCCGAUAAACCCCUGGUCAGGCGGUAUCUUGGCACAGUGGACAGCAUUCUCUGCCACUUCGAAGAGCGUAUCAAUGACCUGGGCCUUGUUGGUCGUUUUGACGAUAAUUCCUGGCCUUUCAUCGACUGGGUCAAGGAGUGGAUUGUCCCGGGUAAUUUUGCAGAAUCAUGUAUGCCACAAUCGUAUACUGUCAAGGGGGCCGCGACCUUCAACAGUCUCUUAUAUGCAGUUGCUCUAAUGCAAGCUGCGGAGCUCUGUGAUUUUGUCGGCAGAAGCAGUACCGCAGAUGAGUACCGGAUGCGCGCAGAUUCCAUCCGGAAAGCCGUCAACCGCCACUGUUUCAAGGACGGGCUCUAUCUCGAUGGCCCCAAUGCAACAGACGAGUACAGCCAACACAGCCAAGUGUUCGCCAUUUUGUCCGAGACGACAACUGGGCCUGCUGCGCAGGAACUCAUACAGCGCACCCUGAAGGACUCGUCGCUCGCCCAAUGCUCUUACUCCAUGAACUUUUAUCUCUUCCGCGCCGUAGAGAAGACUGGCCUCUACACCCAACUAUUCCAGCCGCUGAUGGAGCCAUGGAGGGAAAUGAUGGCCGACAAUCUGACCACAUGGGCCGAGCAUGCCUUGAACUCUCGUAGCGACUGCCACGGCUGGAGUGCCGGUCCAAUCCACGAAAUUGUAACGCAGGUCUUUGGGCUGAAACCAUCCAAGCCUGGGUUCCAGUGUUUGCGACUCGAGCCCCGCUGUGAGCUUUUGGAGACAGCUCAAGGCACUUUUUGUACCCCAGUGGGACAAGUCAAGAUCAGCUGGAAUGCGGAUGCUGUGACCUUCGAAACAGUUGCAGAUAUUCAAGCCGAGGUGGUUUUGGAUGGAUCUGUCAUCGUGAAGGAGUGUGUAGCAGGGCGACCGUUCUGUAUCCCCAGGUCAAAAGCGGCUUUAGUACUCAGCUAGAUUUCCUCAAUCUUGAUACCCAUGACUUUGAGUUCCCCAAGUGAUGAAUAGAGCAGCUUAAAGCCCGUCGAGUUCUGUCGUAUUGCAUAUGGAGUAAAUCAAGUCGGUUUCUGCCUAAGGUGUCUUUUAUAACACUAGCCCAUUUAAAGACUAGCGGCAGAUCCAGACUCGGGAUAGCAUCACGUGCUGUACAGCGCCGAACCGGCGAAUGAUCGACGUCACCAGUUCGCAGCUC